AUGCCGAAGACCCGGCGAACUUUCCAACGAUCUCAAUUUGAUGUACUGGAUCAAGAAGCUCGAAUCGAGGAGGAGCGGAAGCAGCGGUUUUACGGUUCAGCACGAGUCGAUCUCGACGCUCUUACCUUCGAUACCUCGCCAGCGUGUCAGGUCCAUGAGCCAAAUAUCGAACGUCUGGUGUCGGCUUUUCAACGAGCAGGAUGUCUUCGCUUGCACCCUCAAUACCACGUGCCUGCCAUCGUUGUGAAGGGGGAGCUGGACACGGCCAUCGCAAAUGCGGCGUCAUCCCAAGACGCUCUGUUGCAUCACGACCCAUCGAAGUGGCCGACCUUGAUAUUUCCUGAUACGCUCCGUAUUCAAUGUCUUCACGGACGACACCGUGUCGAAGCGGGGAGGCGGUAUUUGUCCGUCAACGAUCGGUGGUGGGUCGUGGACUUCUAUGCACCGGAUUUAAGUGCAGAGCUUCGUGCUAAACUGGUGCAACAGAACUUGAACGAGCAACCGCCCAAUGUCGGAGACGUGUUCUUCCACAUCCUCAACUGCAUACCCACCGAUACGAAAGCGAUCAACUUCUGGUGGUCACAAAUCCAUUCCAAGGAUGAAAUCCGGGAGCUUCAACGAUUGCUGAAGAAGCCUUCCCUGGUCGGGGCGUUUCGACAGGUCGCGCAGAUCCCAGCUUUUGGACGAGAGCUCUUGCCAGGAAAUAUCGGGGGUCUGUUGCGUCUCAAAUGCGACGAGGAGAUCGUUCACUAUCUGCUCUACAUUUGCAAUGCUUGGAGACAACUUCUCAAUGGUGUGACGGCAGCAGAGCGGCGCGUUGAUCCACAAGCCGUCACAACCGUGCGGCUGCGGAACGCCAUGUACUGUAGAACAGAUCGCGACUUCCUCGAACCGCUCGUUCGACGUGGUAUGAUAUUCGGGAAUUUUCAAGCCUCUGAACGUCAAGUCAUCUGGCGCAACAUGAAAAGAUUCCCGGGCAGGAUCCCUUCUCUAGGUGUCUUCUUUGAGGACUUCAAAUACUUGGAGGAUGUCGCAGCGUGCCUCAAAUGGCUUUUCGAUAUCCCUCGUGGUCAAACCGUGUUCCAGGUUCUGAACCAGUCUUAUGUCUCGGUAUCCUCUACUGAGGCUUCACGAGACUCUUCUACUCAAGAGGCUGGACACAGAAUUUCUCGGGAGGAUUGUUUCGAUAUCGCAAAACGGCGGCUCGUUCUAUUCGUCAUGCAGCACUUAGAAAGUCUGCGGCCUGGAUCAAUCCUCUUGGAGCAGGAUGGCGUUAAGAAUAUCGUCGAGACAACGUCGCAAGUUCAGCAUCAACUCGUCAGAGAGGCGUACAAUCUCGGCUUUCGAUCUGCCAAGCUUAUCGAUGUGCUCUUCGAAGACCCUGAUCGCAUUGAAGCACGUCGGUCUCUGUUACGCGCUCGCGAUCCGCAAUAUUUCGUGUAUGACGAAGCGAAAUUCGAAUCGCUCGUGGAUCGGCUUGUCGAGACGUAUGCGGAAGCCCAACGGAUUGAGCGCGACCCAGGUCCAUGUAUUUUCGUGGCCAACGGAAACGGCGAAUGUUUGAAACGCCGGUGUGGAAGACCGUAUCAACGAGCUUUUGCGGAAAGUGCCACCUUCAUGACACUUGAAAACAUGCAUAAGGAUCAGCAUUUUGGCCUCGGCGGAUUGGCGCCACUUUUCAUUCGGCGCGAUGUGUACUUGGCCUUCUUUGGGCCUUUAGACUCUGCGCACUUGAGCCAGGCAAGAGGUCCAGAAGUUAACCUCACACCUAGAGCGACUUUACACGAUUCUGGUGUGGUUGAGAGCGGCAACGUGCUCGGUCAUGCAUCAGCAUAUGAAUUCCCCACUUCUACCUUGGGUCCUGACAUAUUACACAAUUCACCUUCAAGUUCAAAUGCAGGGAGUGCGUUGGUCCUUUCCAGGCGGCCCCGGGCCGAAUCGUAUUCGCCUAGUCAAUACUCGCAAUCGCAGGAUGAGCACCCUGCACCCGACAUGACAGGCGCAUCAGAAUCUGGACAAGGCUCGGCGGGAAUCUCUUUUGUUGUGCUUGAGCGAAAUAAGCGAAGGACGGCGGGGUUGAUACCCCUGAACGAACGGGUUCAGUUGGCGGUUGGAGAACUCGUGGCACAAUACGCCGAGCGAGGCUACCAUCCAUUUGACUCAAGCUUCCACGCUCUUGCAGCACAUCAGUGUGUCCGUGCAGCGAUGGAAGAACCGGAUAGAAGCGUAUUACUAAUUCACGAGGAUGAAGUAAGGGUGCAGAAUUUCAAGACGCUAGACAGCCAGUCCCGUAAACGACGAGCCAGCGGAGAACUUGGCGGUCGUCCACGCAAAUUUUUAGUCUUUUAA